GUAACCGAGUAGCGUAUGCGCGCGGUGAUGUUUCGUCUAAUAUGCAGUGGGGCAGUGUCUACAUCGUGUGUUUAGCACUGUGUUGCCUGCAAACAACGUCUGAGCCACUACGCUUCACCGAGGACCAAACGCAUGGCCGAUUUCGGCGAAGUGACGAAAAAGACGGUCUCGCCCUAUCCAGAGAAAUAUUCAGGAAUAUCACGAAGCAACUCCGAGAGAACAUCAAGCGUGAAGGACCGACCGAUAGGAGCGACCAUUUGUUACAUAGUAAAUUAGAAGAAUCCCGUCACUAUGGACAGUAUCAGGGCUACCACCAUCACGAGCACCACUGGGGACCCUACUUUGAGGGCGACGUGGGCGAUCCCGAGGGCACGAUGCAAGUGACGGCACAUGUGGGGGCCGAGGCCCUUUUAAAUUGUAGGGUUGGCAUGCUAAAGGAUAAAACAGUAAUGUGGUUGCGGCGUACAACCGAUUCCGCACAAUUGCUCACCGUUGGGAGGUCUCCGUACGCCGGUGAUAAUCGGAUAGCUGUCAAGUUCCAGUACCCCAAUAAUUGGAGGCUCAGCAUGAACCCCGUCAAGAGGUCUGAUGCGGGCCUGUAUAUGUGCCAAAUAUCAACACAUCCACCUAAAGCAAUAUUAGCUAAUUUAACUGUUCUGCCUCCAGUUUUAACGAUAAAUGGAGACCAGACUCAUGAACUGAAAGAUAGAUUUUACAAAGCGGGAAGCUCUAUAAAAUUGUCCUGCGUCAUAUCAGAUGAAUACGUAGCCUCACUAACCACGAAGGUGCCCCUAACUACGGCUGUCCCUACCACAACCACGCCUUUAACUACAACAACUGAAAUGACUACAAAGAUGAGCACAAUUUUUAAUAGGAUAGAUUUGAUGAUGAACAAAAGUUGGAGUGUGGAGACUACAACUAUAACUUCAACAGUUAGUGUUAGUACAACUACAAAAAAUAUGCCGGAAUUGAAGACAACGGUAGCCCCUGUGAUAAUAUCAACUGUCCCGACGGUGGUGAAUAACAUUUACGGGAUGGUUUGGAAGAAGCAGGGAAAAGAAUUUAACGAGAACGUAUCGUGGCGGAAUAUGAGUGCCACAAUCAGCGUCACAUCAGCGUCGCAGAACGACAGUGGCACAUAUACUUGCCACUUACAGAACCAUUCUCAAGUUAUUAUCAACGUUCAUGUUUUGAUUGGUGAAAACCAAGCUGCUGUCCACCACGACACGUGGAACAAGGGGACCUUAUUUUGGCGAAGUAUUUCUCUAAUUUAUUUUUCAAUUAUUCUAAUAUUUGCUACUUGAAAUAGUAAUUACUAUGAGAAUGUUAUAAAACAUUGUUUAAUAAAAAUAGUACACGAUUGGUGAUACUAGAGAAUAUUGUAAAAAAAUACUAAACUGCGUUUUCGGAGUAAGUAUUGUAUGUAAUUCAAUAGAGCAGAUAAACAUUACUUUGAAAUUAUUAUUUUCUUAUUUCAAAAUUGUAAACAAACUAUAGUAAUAAGUAAAAAUGGUUAAAAAAUAGCAGGAAGUUUGAUAAGACCGUUGAUGCAAUUAAAAUACAAAAAAUGUACCCCUUUGUAUUAAAUAAUCAAGUCAUUCCGGUGUGCUUCAAAUAUAGUUUUAAAUAUUAAGAUGAACAGAUAGAAACAGAGUUUGGAUACUUUCCUUGCUUUAUGGUAUUAACAAUAUUUUGUUAUACCUAACACCUAUUUCAUUUAGGUAAAAAGGUACAUUCGAAUUGUUAAACACGAUUAAAGGACAAUACUUGCAUGAAUAACCAUUUCUAACUGACUUAAAAAAGCAAGGCUUAAUGUAUUAGGUUUCAAGUAAAUAAAGAUUUUAUUUAUUUAUUUAUUUGAGGGUUCCAAUUUGUCAGAAUCCUGUAUGUUAAAAAAUUAUCAUAACAAACUAUCAAAGGUUCAAGUGUUUACCUAACAUUGACCGUAAUAAUUAUAUUUUUAAUUAAAAAUUACAGAAACUGUGAUUAACUAUAUAAUCAUUGUUAUCUUAAGAAAAAAAUAUGCUCGUUAAUAUACGUAGACUGUAAAUAAUGAGUUUUAUUCUCUACUUAGAAUUAUUUUCUAUGUAAAGACAUAACAUAAGAACAUAUUCGUAAUAUAUUUCAGUGUUAUAUUGGUAGGUCAAAUAGAUAAUCACUUCAUCGUGUAUUUACUUAAUGUAAGUGUACAGUUAAAAACGAUUGGACUAUUGUGAAUAAUGAAAAGAUCUUAUCUGUAUUAUUAACGAUCAUAAACGGCAAAGCCAUUUAGCUCUUUAAUUCAUAAAAGUAUUAUAUAUGUUGUUGCACAAUUAUGUUAACAAACACUUAAAUUCUCUUUUUUAACAGAAACAAGGCGACUAAGGUUAAAUAACUGUAAAUUAUAUAAAAUAAAUCUAAUAAUGAUAC